AUGGUUGAACCCCUUGAAUCAAUUGAUGGCGGAAAGCCCUGGUACUACUGCCCCGACCCCAUGGUCCUUGGUGAAGCCCCAAUCUAUCGGGCCAGCGACUCAACUCUACACUGGGUGGAUUGUCUCUCUGAGCCCCCAAGACUCUACAUCCUCAAGGUAGACCCACACACUGGCGACGCCAUCGGAGACACCCGUAUCCUUCUUCUCGACGACAGCGUGACUGUGGCAUUCUUUCGCAAAGACCGACCCGGCAGUUACAUCGCCGCGUACUAUCAAGGAGUAUGUUUCUUAGAUGAGGCUACGGGCAAGUUUGAGGUCGUCAAGGAAAUCAUCCCCACCGACCAGCGGGACGAGCUCCGCUUCAAUGAUGGCGGCAUCGACGCAAAAGGCCGGUUCUGGCUGGCAGAGAUAGAUAAGAAGGCGAUGGCAUUUGGACCUAACCAACUUCCCGCCAGCUAUGGUACACCCAGAGGCCGACUGUGGAGAUAUGAUCCGGAUGGAAGCUUGCAUCUGAUGAUUUCCGAGGGAGUGGUCUGCGGGAAUGGGCUUGCAUGGAGCCCAGAUAACACGAUUAUGUACUUCAAUGAUUCGGUCGCAAUGAUGGUAUUUGCAUUCGACUUUGACUUGGAGACGGGAAACAUCUCAAACAAGCGACUCCUUAUCGACAGACGCUCGUCUUAUGGGGAGCCAGAUGGGAUGGUGGUCGAUUCCGAAGGAAAUCUCUGGAUAGCUGUGUUCGCGUCUCAUCGAAUUAUGGUCUUUAGCCCGGAAGGCAAGCACUUGAAAGAUAUCGUGGUGACGGCUAAAAACCCGGCCUGCACCACAUGGGGAGGAGUUAAUCAUGAUAUUAUCUUCAUGGCAAGUGGAAAAGACCGUACAGCCAAUCCAGACCCUAAUGAUGAGGGCGGACAUAUGUUCAAAUAUCAUCCUCAGGACGCCAAAGGGUAUCCGAAGUAUGAGUUCGCGGGCUAG